UGCCACAAACCCGGCGGAGAUAGGAGGGGAAGGAGCGCACUGCCGGAGCUGCCGGGAAAGCGAAAGAGGGAGAGAGAGAGAGAGAGAGAGAGACAGAGAGAGAGAGACAUACAGUCAGCGUCAAGGAGUGAGAGAGAGCAAACGGGCAUAGCAGAGCGUGUUUAUGCAAAGAAACGCACAGUUUGCCGGAGCAGAGCGGAGAGGCUGCACGUUUAUUUUCACUCGAUCAGUUUUACGCACGCCGGAGCUGCCUCUUCCAAGAGACCUCUUUUAUAUAUUUUGGGCAAGAACGCAGUGUUAUCGGGACAAUUGUACCCACACAUAGAGGAAAAUCGAUGGGAAAAUAUUUUUCAACUUUUAAUCACAUGUGUUCUUACCAUGUAGAUGUGCAUUUUGGUUAAAAGAGCCAGAGAAUAAGAUUUUUGGAUAUUUUGUCGAGAGGAGGAAACUCGUGACACUUUUUUAUUGGCUUUUUGAGCUUAAUGCUUUUUCGCACGUGUCUGUUUGUUCCUGUUUUUUUUUUUUUAACGGGGUUCUUUUACUUUUUCUUAAUUUGAGACUUAGUCCGCCAAGGAGUGUGUCAACGAGGUUUGUAUUCCCACGCGCAUUAUGACUGACAGGGGCUCCCGACUGUGCGCACCGCAAUGGAUUUUGAGGCUUCAAUAUUGUGUUUAGAGUGAAAAUUGCGCUGAUUUCAGAAGAAUCUACGCAGAUCAGUUUCUACUCGAGACGCAGCGUGUACUGUUUUUGACAAGACAAAUAUUCCUGGAAAGACCAGUGAACGCUACCCGGCGUUUCUGGUGGAUUGUGGGGACUACUUGUGUCACGCUUCAGAGAAAUACAGAACUGUGGAAAAAGAGAGGAGAGGUGGACUUUGGACUGCAGCUUUGCCUCAGAUAAACAAAAUAAAAACACAGAGGAGAAGAAGAAGAAGAGGUGUUUCCUUUCUUCACAUCAGAAAGAAAAAAUGGAUUUAUUCAUUUGGCUAUGUGGAUGUGUACUGGCUUUUCUCUUGCCUUCAGCAGUCAAAACACAGGAAGGAGCUUCUGAGCCAUGUGGAGGAUUUUUAGAUGCCAGUGAUGCCGGCUACAUCACCACUCCUGGCUACCCGCUGGAGUACCCACCUCACCAGAACUGUCGCUGGGUCAUCACAGCCCCUGAACCCUCGCAACGCAUCGUCCUAAACUUCAACCCUCACUUUGAGAUCGAAAAACUGGACUGCAGGUAUGACUACGUAGAGAUCCAUGAUGGGAACUCAGAGACGGCUGACAUCCUGGGAAAGCACUGCAGCAACAUCGCCCCAGCACCCAUCAUUUCAUCAGGACCCUCCCUGCACAUCAAGUUCGUAUCGGACUACGCCCACCAGGGGGCCGGCUUCUCACUACGCUAUGAGAUCUUCAAAACAGGAUCAGACUGUUCCCGCAACUUCACCAGUCCCACGGGUCUCAUCGAAUCCCCAGGCUUCCCUGACAAAUACCCCCACAACCUGGAGUGCUCCUUCAUCAUCAUCGUGCCCCCCAGCAUGGAUGUCACCCUCACCUUCCUCACUUUUGACCUGGAGAAUGACCCCCUUCCAGGAAGCGAGGGGGACUGCAAGUACGAUUGGCUGGAAGUGUGGGACGGGCUUCCAGGAGUGGGCCCGCUGAUUGGUCGAUACUGUGGGACCAGGUUUCCUCCAGAGAUCCAAUCGUCUACUGGGAUUCUCGCUCUGUCCUUCCACACUGACAUGGCUGUGGCAAAAGACGGCUUCUCAGCUCGGUACAACAUGACACACAAGGAAGUCAGUGAAACUUUCCACUGUAGUAAUGCUUUUGGUCUGGAGUCGGGUAAGAUCACAGACGACCAGAUCACAGCCUCGUCAAGUUUCUACGAUGAGCACUGGCUGCCCCGACAGGCCCGACUCAAUUACAACGACAAUGGAUGGACGCCAAACAAAGACAGCAACAGGGAGUACAUACAGGUGGACCUACAUACUCUAAAGGUGCUAACAGGCAUAGCCACUCAAGGCGCCAUUUCAAAGGAAACUCAGAAGGCUUACCAUGUCACCACCUUCAAGCUGGAGGUCAGCACCAAUGGAGAGGACUGGAUGAUCUACAGGCAUGGCAAGAAUCACAAGGUGUUCCAUGCCAAUGCUGAUGCCACAGAGGUGGUUCUGAAUCGGAUCCCACAGCCGGUCUUGGCCCGCUUCGUCCGAAUCCGACCUCAGACGUGGAAGAACGGCAUCGCUCUGCGAUUCGAGCUUUACGGCUGUCAGAUCACGGACGCUCCCUGCUCAGAGCUGCAGGGCAUGCUGUCCGGGCUGCUACCAGAUUCCCAGAUCUCUGCGUCGUCCAUGAGAGACAUCCACGGCUCCACAGGGGCAGCCAGGCUAGUGGCCAGUCGCUCAGGCUGGUUUCCAAACCCGACACAACCCAUUGCUGGAGAAGAAUGGUUACAGGUGGACCUCGGGGUGCCCAAGAUGGUGCGUGGCAUUAUUACCCAGGGUGCAAGAGGGCUUGAGGGGAGCACCAGCGCUGAGAACAGAGCAUUUGUCAGGAAGUACAAACUGGCACACAGCUUGACGGGCAAAGACUGGACGCACAUCACUGACAGCAAGACUGGGUUUGCAAAGAUUUUCGAGGGGAACAGCCACUAUGACACUCCAGAGGUGAGGAGGUUUGAUGAGAUAGUGGCCCAGUACAUCCGAGUGUUUCCGGAGCGGUGGUCUCCCGCUGGGAUCGGCAUGAGGAUGGAGGUGCUCGGCUGUGACCUGCCUGAAACCACAACUGUACCAGACACAGCGACUCCCACCGUGCCCAGAGAGGAGCACACAACUGCUGCAUGGAGACCAGCUACCACCCCGUCUCUGUCGGCUGUGUGUGACUUUGAGCAGAGCUUGUGCGGCUGGUCGGCUGAUCCUCAGUCAGGUGUGAGCUGGUCGCUCCACACAGCCAGCAGCAGUUCAACAGGACACGGAUCACACGGGACCAGGCAGGAUCUGGCACUGGGAACAGACAGUUUCUCAGGGAACUACCUCCACUUGGACGCAGGUGCCCACACGCAGCGCAAGCGAGCCCGACUAAUGAGCCCUGAGGUGGGGCCCGAGCGAGGCCCGCUCUGCCUCCUCUUCUACUACCAGCUCCAGGGGGAGGCACAGGGGAGUCUGAGGGUGCUGCUGAAGGACAGUGACCAGGAGGAGACACUGCUAUGGGCUCUGAAAGGAGACCAGGGGUCUCACUGGAGGGAGGGCCGCACCAUCCUGCCCCAAAGCCCCAGGGAAUAUCAGGUCGUGUUCGAGGGGUUUUUUGACCACCCGACCAGAGGCCACAUCAGAAUAGAUAACAUCCACAUGAGCAACAGCAUCGAGCUGGAGCAGUGUACACAGCCUUUCCCUGCCUUAACGCCUGGCAUAACCAGGGGUGCCAUGUCUGGGAUGGAGCCCACAGUAGACACAGUGGCAGUACAGCCUCUCCCUGCCUACUGGUACUAUGUGUUGGCGGGAGGCGGUGCCCUUUUGCUGCUGGUCACCGUAACCGUGGCGGUGAUUCUGUGCUGCCAUCGGUACCACUGGGCGACCCAGAAGACCAGCAGCAGUCAUCAUCAUUCAGUGAUGUACCACAACAGCCAGCAUCCAAAUCUGCAAGGUCACCAAAACUGCUACCAGAACCAAAACCUCAACUAUAAUCUGAUCCACUGCCCCAACCAAAACCACCUGUACCCAAGUACUGGGCCAAGUGUUGACCCCAUGUUGACCAUCAAACUGGAGAAGGAUGACAGCUUUGACCCCCAGUGUUGAGAACAACUGGACACGCUCUGAAUAGUAUCAUUUUAAGGGUGUGAAAACUUCCUGAUUUAAAGGAUCUACAGCAGUAUUCCAAAUAGUCUCAACUCAUUGCUGAUGAAAAUCAACAAGGCAGAGACGCUGCAAUUCCUGCUAAUGAAGAUUGAUCUAAUAAACUGAUGCAAGAUGCAACUUGUUAACUUUCAUGGUUGGCUGCAACUGGCAAAAUGAACUCCUUAUUAAAGUUAACCAACAGCCCUCAAUGGGGAGAUGGCACAUUUUGGGAUGCACUUACUGACUUACUGACUACAGCCGCACCUGAUAAGAAAAUGGAUUAUGAUCAGAGAAAGAAGGAAAUCAUACAGCAGGCUGACUUACAGACUGUGAACAUAGGUAUACGCAUUGUUCAACGUCAGCCUAUUUUACCCUUCUACAAGGAUAUGUCGGCCGUGCUGUGAUCUGCAGCUUGGGGACUACCUGUUUCUAAACACCCUGCCAACAGAGAGGAGAUUUACACACAGGUACAGGGAGACAGAAGUCAGGGUGUAUGCUGCAUAAAGAGAGAAAAAGCUAUUUCCUCAGCUGUCUGAACGAAGCGGCUGUUUGUUUGUCCACUGGCCUUCGAGGGACUCGGAGUGACAGGGACAGAUUAAGAGUAUAACAGGAAAAGGUGAAGGGAGAAUUAGUGUUGUCUGUCCAGCCGUGACACAAAGACAGCUACACAUCCUCUGUGAGUGGCCUCUUUGGUCCGUGGACUGGGGAGGAAUCAGUGUUGUGCUGUUCUCUGUCUGGUUUACAUGAGGGGGAAGGGGGACAGGACGACUUACAUUGCAUCCUUCAAGAGCUAAAACACACACACAGUCUCUGCAACAACACACACCUCAAAGCCCCAUACACACACAAAUAUGCACGGACAGCUCACUGGCUAAUAAUUGAUUCUCUCUUGUUGCCAAGAGUGUAUUUUCAGUACAUAGUGAUAUGCCUUUUGAAUUGUGCUUUAAAUCUAUUACUGUACCUCCAGAAUGAGGGAGUGCCUGAGUGUCAUAUUAAACAGUUUUUUUUUUCUUUAUUUGGAUUGUGUGAGGUACUUCUCUUCAGUAAGUGUAUUAGCCACGGGAGAUGCAGGUCGGCCAUGCUGGGGCUGCAGGCACAGGAACAUGAACAUGUUGCGUCUCAAAAUAGUGCUAAAACAAAGUGGCUCACUGAUAACACUGUAACGAGCUGAACAUUUACUAAACUAGUUAAUGUGGUUAAACUGACCUCAUCUGCAGUCCUGUAUAGCGUAUCUUAUGUGUCAGUCCUCUGAAUGGUUUCUCAACAAUACAAUGAUGACCGGCAUCUCCUGCGGCUAAUAUACUUAUAUUGACAAGAAGCUCAUACAACCCCAUUUCAAAAAGAACUAUCCUUUAAAGUGUGAAUGGAUGCUGUUUAUGCCUGGAUCUCGUGGAUAAUCCAAUGCCUGUAUCUGUUAAUGUUCAAACAAAACAACGUUGUAUGUCCUGCACUCAUUAGACAGCUUGAAUGAAACAAAUACAAAAGCCUUUUUAUCGACUUUCCAAAGCUGCUGCUUUACUUUUUUGUUGGUACAUACCCCAUGACCAUCAACACAUUUUCUGUGUUAUGAUAGAAGACACUUUAACAAUUUGAUAAUCCAGAAUAUUCUGCAUACUAGCCUGGUUAACUGAAUUUUGGUGUCUACUUGGUUGCAAAAUAUGUGUACGUUUUGCUUCUAUUCAACAAGUGUGACCAGACAUUCAGGAAAACAGCUGAUCCCAAAUCACUGGUUAGUUCAUCGAUCAUUUGAAUCACCAUAGUUUGACAAAUAAGCAGAAUUUAUUGUUACACACCUCAUACUGAUUUAUCAAUGUUUUCAUAUUUCAAUGUUUUAUCAAUCAUUUCAUUUACUGUGUGUUUUUGCAUUUUAUUAUUUUUCUUGAUAAGUUCCCACAUUUAUACAGUAAAGACAAGUUUGCAUAGAAAUAUGUACAUUAAGUGUGAUAUGAUGCACAACAGUUUUUAUGUUAUUUUAAGUUGUUGAGAGUAACUAAGGCACUUUUUCGCUCCUUAAUAAUCUUUUAUUGAAGGCUUUGAUGAUUUAUGAAAAUGUCUUAACCUAACUGUGAAUCAUGAUAGAAACACAGAAGUUGAGGUCGGUACUGGUUGUGAAAUACAUGCCGCUGUUUUCUUUGUAAUCACACAUUUUAGGUCUGUUUGUGCUUUUUGGUGUAUUAUAGUAAUACAGUGUUGUUUUUUUAUACUCUUUGAUUUUGUUUUCUGGAUGAUCUUAACUUUCUUGAUUUUUAUUUGAUGUCAAAUGCUUAAGUGGAUGAAGCCAUUUGUAAAGGCACGUGUCUGAAGCAUCAAGGUGAAAAUCAAACAGGGACGUGCAAAAGAUGCAAACCAAUGUGUUUUUUCAAUUUAUUUGGAUGGAAAAACUAGAAAUGUAUAGAUAAACACUAUUGGUUUGGGAUUGAGAGGCUCACUUUCACCUUUUAUUCAGAUUCAUGUCUGCGGAAUCGAGUACACCUCUGUGGAUCUUAUUUUUCUGGGAUUCUUAGCAGCUCACAAUCUUGCGUUGUGUGCUUUUCCCCUACAUCAUUUUGUUCAUGCCCCAAUCCCCCAGCCCUUUUAUCAAAACACUGCUUUUUCUUAUUCUACUCCUUCCCUUCAUUGCAAAUCCUCCCAGCAACAAAAAAAAAACACAGGAGAGGAAAUGAGAGGCAGAAAUGGAAGAGAGCAAAACCUCUCAGAGGAGAAGGGCCCAUUAAGCGAACCCCGUUUUCCUCCAAAGAAUGCGCCCAGAGAUGGAGGAAGAUGAAAGAAGUAAAGAAAAAAAAAAACAGCUCUAUGCUUUCUAAAGAUAGAUUUUUUUUUCUCUUAUACUCUGAGAGGAGGGCUAGCAGUGAGGCAGGUUAGGGGUUUGGAUUGAAGGAGGGGGAGAAUUAAAGGAGGAGGGCAGGUUGUUUCAAACACAAAAGCAGAUGAAAGAGGUCUUUUGGCAGAAUACACUGUGUGAUGGAGACACAUAAGCACAGCACGCACACAGUCCCACACACAAUGCUUCUCUGUAUGAGCGAGAAAAUCUAUCAAAAUCAGUAAUUUAAUCAUCGUUUCAUGUGUGUUCAAAAAGUGCACCUACUCUGCAGCACUGCACAAUCGACUUAUUUCAUCGAAUUGUGUCUCAUAAAAUGUGCUUAUGUGCCUUAGUCAACAAGUAUUUUAGUUAUUUGGUGCUUGCAUAUCCAUCGCCUCUGCCUUCCCUUUCAAUCGACUUGUGUAUGAUUUACACAUUAUGUUACUCAUUCUAGCAGCCCUCUGCUCUAACACAAUCAAUAGGAGCCCCAAAUUCAAAUGGAGAAAUGAUAUAUGACUGUAUUUAUGUUGUGCUACCCGUGCACUUUUCUCUUCCAUUCUCUCUCCCUCUGUCAAACUUUUUGCAAGAUUUGGAAAAUGUACUGGCGCCUUCUCAUGCAGUGCUUUUAAAUCAACCUCCCCUCUCUCGCCUCUCCAUCACAGACUACUUUGAAGCCAUUUAAUAUUUCCAAUUAGUUAAUGGAGCUGAUUGCAUUCAUAAAAACCCCUGCAGUAAGCACUUCUAGCCCUCAGGCCAUCUCUAGUUUUUUUUUUCUUUUCUUUUUUCGUGCAGCCUCCUCCUCUGUGUUCUGGAGAAAUAUUACGAGUGAAAGCACUCUAACAGGUCCUCGGGCCCCCACUGCAGCAGUAUAUGGUGCCAAAGAGCCAUCCAUGCCUGUGCCUGGCUAAAAAAAAAAAGGGGCCGCCUUUUUUAUGCCUCUCUUUACUAAUUGGACAGUGGAGACAAAAUGGGACUACGGGGAGUUUUAAUCUCCUUUCAGAUCCGCAUGAUGAUGCUUUUCAGGAUCCUAGCCUGAGGGCUUUAAGCCAGGAUCAUUAGAAGUGUUCAAGAGUCGCCCAAGGAGUGUCCGAGCAUCUAUCUUAUAUUAUCCCGCUUCUUUUUUUGCUAUGUCUCCAUUGGUGAUUAACAGUUGAGGAAGGAGAAUUUAGAGCCUGGAGGGUUCUGUUGUUGGCUGUACAUUUCUAAAACUGUAGGACAGAAUAGAAGACGGAUCAGAUGCUUUUAUGUACACGUGAUAACCAGAGUCUUACAUGAAGGGUGCAUUUCAAUCAGACCUCCUUGAAAUACUACAACUUACAGUGUAAAUAUACUGGAAACAGCCAUAUCCAGCCGAUCAGGUAUCCAUUAUGUAGGGAUAACCCUGCUCAAGAAACUGAGUUGAUUAGUUUUACAUUGAAUAACAUCACCAAAUAAUCAUUUGGUUGUGUGGUCGCAGUUUUUGCCAAUAAUAUUGGAGUCAUUUUCACAAUCCAAAGGGUACUUUGAGGUUUUGCAUGCAUCUUUUGAUACGCCCGUCUGGUUAGUUAUGUAUUCUUUAAACAACUGUAUUUCAUGCCUUUGUUAUCCAGACUCAUUAAUGUGGCUUCACAUUAGUGGUACAGUACAACCACAUGUUGAGUUUAUAGGAAAGCAACCUUGAUGAUGUCAUUUUUAUCAAAUGAGUUUACAAUAUGUAAAUGAAACUGUUUGAUUUAUUCUUCUAAUAUUUUGUUUUUGUAUGGAUCAGGAAGAUUUGUUGUCGCUGGAAGCUGCAUUGACAGAUCUUUCUGAAACAUUGUCUCAGCAAGGGUUGAACAUCAAUGAGAUUGCAUAUAAAACUUGUUUGGUUUACACUCACUGAUACUGAAUACAACCUUUAAAGUGGGUAAAAUGCUUAAAUGUUCAUCCCUGGCGUCUGUCAUAUUUAUUUCCGUGCACUUUUCGCUGCCUCAGUAGAGGAAAGACUUUGACUUUUAUGAUUGUCUUUUUCACUCGCUAUGGAUUGCACUGUCAAGCACUUCAAGCAAAUUAAAUAUUGAACGAGAGACAGAGCCAAUAGAGGCAUCUUUACUCGCAGUCAAAUAAUUAAAUAAGCAAACUCUCCACAUCGAACAGUGGAGGGAAAAACACUUCAAAUUGCAGAAUCUUUGUUUGUUACUACGGAGGACUCCAUGUCUUUCUUUAUCGUCUUAUUCAGUUUGGAAGCCAAUUCUGAGUUUAAACAUUUCAACAUGCGAUUAUAUUUCUUAAUUCUAAAGAAAUGACCUCAUAUAUUAUCCAUUUGCUGAUAUUUUCACAUCACAGGUAGGAUUUAUUUAAAAGCAUAAUCUCUUAAUAUUAUUUAAGAGUAUUGGAAGUUCUUAAAGUCGGUAUAGUCUUGCUCAUGUUUAAAUUGUCUCAUAAAAUUUUUGACCUUAUCUAAAACAGGAAAUUAGGCUCUGUAUCUUUUUCCAGAUCACCUAAAUUGGUUUCUCACCUCUUGUCUGUUGAUAAUCUAUUAGAGUCUCAUUUCAUGAUGUGUUUUUGGUUCUUCUGCCCCAGCAAUAAACGAUUAUUGCCCCCCCCC